AUGGACACUAAUGAUGAGACAUACGAUUCUGAGACAAACGAUUAUGAUGAAGAUGUUGGACAAGUAUCCGAAAGUCAGACAAUUCCUGUCUAUGCCAACGUUCAAACGUACCCAUGUUCGACAUGUGGAAGAAGUUUCAAUAGUGAAUCAUUAAGGAGACAUCAAGCGGUAUGUAAAAACGCUUUACAAAAGCAACCUCGCAAGAUUUUUGAUACUGGCAAACAGCGUGCGACUGAUUCUGAUGUGCCAUACAAAGCCACGAGAGAAACAACACAGUUUUAUAAAAAUGGUCGACAACCGAAAGUCGACAAUUCAAAGAACAAGACAACUAACUGGCGAGAAGGACACAAUGAACUUGUUCGUACUAUCCGCCAAGCUCGACAAGUCACACAAGCCAUUGAAAAUGAUGCGCCUCUGCCAAAGCAAAUUCCUUCUCAAGCUCCAUCCGAUUAUAUCGAAUGUGAAUAUUGCCAUCGUCAUUUUAACAAAUUUUCCGCAGAAAGACACAUUCCAUUUUGUGAAGCUCAACACAAACGAAAACAGGCGCAUUCAACUGUUACAGCGACGCAUAAUGUCUACACACCACCGAGAAAUAACGGUCGAUCCGAACGAGUCAAUAAUAAUGAACAUCAGAUCAACUCUGCACCUUCCAAAUUAGUCACACGAAGACCUCAAAAAAUCAACGAGGAAAAGGAGUAUAGAAAGCCGACAGUAAAUUCAAACGCUUAUAGACGUCCUACUUUUCAGGAGCCAAUGAAAGCGCAUUCCAAUGGUUCCUCAUCCAAUUUUCAUAAUCCUCGCUUAAUAAAAGCACGUAAUACAACAGGGAACUACUUACGAGGUAUGCGUCGUCCAGAUCGAACUGGUGACCUUGAACAAUCGAAAAACGAGUCGACGUCUUAUUAUCAACAACAUAUAGCCGAAAUGAAGACUCGAGCGCUGAAGGUAAAUCCACGCCCAUCACAAACAAAAACUGACGAUGAUUAUCAACACCACGAGACGCAAAUACCACGUGGACCGACAUUAGCAAAACAUUGUCAUGAAUGUGGUGAAGCUUUUCCUACCGAAAGAGCGAAAUUUUGCUGCGAGUGCGGCGAAAAACGUUUUGGUAUUGAAUAA